AUGCUAAAAAAUGAUAAAAUAUUUCUCCUGGUCCGACAUCCAUUCUCUAGACUAAUCUCAGCUUACAGGGACAAGAUAUUCAUAAACCCUGGAUCUUACGCUGGCAUCCGAAUCAGAAAACGAUUAGAAGAGAAAUCGAAGAUUGACAAGCCAGCAUCCUUUUCAGAUUUUGUAAGAUUUGUUUUGGAAUCGCCAUUAGAUGAAUUGGACCCACACUGGUACCCGUACUCUUUACAAUGUACUCCAUGUCAGAUCAAAUAUUCUGGGAUUCUGAAACUAGAAAGCUUGGAAAGAGAUUGGAACUGGUUUAUGCAGUACACUAACAUCAACGUUAAUAUCAACCAUCUGAACAGAUAUGGAUCUAAGAAGACUAGUGAAGAAUACCUAUCAAGACUAUCUCCUUAUCUUCAAAAUCAGCUUUACAACAAGUUUAAACAAGAUUUUUUACUCUUCAAUUACACAAAGCAUCUUUAAUAUAGAAAACUGUUAUUAUAAAAGAUAAAUUAUUAAUAUUGUAAUAAGUUGUUUUGUUAUGUGCAGGGUUAACCACAAAGGGUGAGACUUCAGAGACGGAAAUGAAUUGGUUUCGUGUACUUCUGAUUCCAUAACAACUCAAAACUUUUUUUUCUCCUUUGCCCAAUCAUAAAAAGACUUUAUUUAUUAUUUGUUACUUUAAAGAGUUUUAAGGUCGUCGUUAUAGUCUCAUUCUGUCACCCUGUAUGUUCAAGUCACUCAGUUUAAUGUAUAGCCUUCAGGAAAUUAAUUAUAAAAGAUUGUUUUUAUGUUUUCUUCAUGUAACUGAAUAAAAUUGUGCCAACCACUCA